AUGUUUCCGACAUCGUUAGUUCAUCGCGAUUUGGCAGCACGCAAUGUCUUACUCGCCGACGGAAAAAUCUGCAAAAUAUCUGAUUUUGGGCUAACGCGUGAUGUCUACGAAGACGAUGCCUAUCUAAAGCGGUCGCGUGAUAGAGUGCCGGUGAAGUGGAUGGCGCCUGAGUCAUUGGCUGAUCAUGUUUACACCACCAAAUCGGAUGUGUGGGCUUUUGGCGUGCUCUGUUGGGAGCUGAUUACGUUGGGUGCCUCACCGUAUCCUGGUAUACCGCCACAGAAUCUCUAUCAUUUAUUGAAAACUGGCUAUCGCAUGGAAAGACCAGAGAACUGUUCAGAAGAAAUUUAUUCCAUUGUGCGCACAUGCUGGACGGAUGAUCCUAACUCGCGACCAUCCUUCAAAUAUCUAGCUUCACAAUUCGAGAAACUCCUCGGCAAUAAUGUUAAGUAUAUUGAAAUGGAAUCGUGUGCCAUUUCGAAUCCGAUGUAUUGCUUGGAUGAAGCUAAAUUGACCAGCAUUUCACAGCCCGAUCUAACCGCUGGCCUUGAGGAGUUUGGCGCGCCAGACUCGUUGGACCAUCUCUGGCAACCACCUAAAAUGUUAACCCAUAACAACUAA